AUGAGCCAAAAUUAUAGGAUGCACCCCGACAGCUGCCACAAUUACUGCGCAGCCACAGCUAUGAGCGCAGACGUGCAUGUUAGAAACUCCCAUCAACUACAGCCAUCGGAUCUGGCGGUGGCUGCAUCUCAUCCGAUCUCUGGCGGUGGAUCUUAUCAUUAUUACCCUUCAGACAUAUCUUCAGGCACCAAAAACAGCAGCUCAUCAAUAACAAGCCGGUCGCUGCCGUCGUUGCCCUCGCUGAAGGAGAUACUCAAUUCAACUCCGGCGGUGCCCGUGGCGCCUCCAGUGCCGCGUCACUACAUCGCGCCUGGUGUUUCCACCUGUCAGAGCAAGGUGAUGCUCCCUCCGAUACAAGUCGCCCAUUAUCUGCCACAGCAGCGUCAGUACGAACAUAUGUACGCGCAAGACAAGUCUGGGCACUCGAGCGUACUGGACAGUCCCAGAAUGACACCGCUGAUAAUGCUCAACGUUUCAUCUCCCCCCGCUAAUCCAAUAUCCGGCGUCAGUGCUACGUCAACGCAACAGAUACACCAGGCACAGAUACUCCCUAGGCGUAACUCCCUGCCCUGUUUUACCGCUUCGCAAACUCCACCCCAACAACCGCUGCUAAACUCCCCUCUACAUACCAGGAAAAACCCCUACAGAGGAAGCGCUUACAAAAAAAACGGGUCCGUUUGCGAGAUCUGCGGGAAAGACUUCAAGCGACCCAGCGCGCUGCGCACGCACAUGGUUGUACAUAAUAAUGACAAACCAUACAACUGUGAGCAUCGUGGCUGCCAGAAGCGCUUCAACGUGAAGAGCAACAUGCUGCGGCAUAUGCGGAAGCACAAAGAGGCACCGUAA